AUGAUGUUGCAUACACCAUUUAUUAAUUUUAUAUUGUUGAUAUUUCUCUUAGCAAUUAAAUUAUUCUUUAUUCAAUGUAAUAAUAUACCAUCUAAUCCUAAUAUUCAUCCAUCAUAUAAUAUAAGAAAUCAACCAAAUAUACCCUAUCAACAAAUUCAAGAUCCAAAUAUUCCACAAGAUCUUAAACAUGAUCAUUCGAAUCAACCAAAUUAUCGAUCAUCAUCAUCAUCAUCCUCGUCAUCAUCGUUGCCGUCAUCAAUACCAAUUAAUAAUCAUUUAAUGAAUAUCACCAAUUUAACUGAUUUUAAUCAACAAACUAAAUUACAAGAUGAAAUUUAUUCAAAAACAUCAAUGAGAGAUCGUAUAGUUAAUUUAAUUAUGUCAAAAUAUCGUAGUUAUGAACGUCCACCAGAUGGUGGUAAUGCUACUAUAGUUACUGUAAAUAUGAAAGUAUUAGCUAUAUUUUCUAUUGAUGUACGUACAAUGGAUUAUUAUAUUGAUUUAUUAUUAAGACAAGUAUGGCGUGAUCGUCGUUUAUCAUGGUAUGAUAUACCAGAAUAUUCACAAUUUAAUGAACCAUUAGUUUCACCUAAAUUAAAAGAACAAUUAUGGUUACCUGAUUUAUUUUUUCGUAAUGGUAAAGAUGGUUAUUUACAUAAAUUAACAUUACCUAAUUAUUUAUUACGUGUACAUCCAAAUGGUAAUGUAUUAUAUAGUCAAAAAAUAACAAUGAGAUUUUCAUGUCAAAUGCAUUUACAAACAUUUCCUAUGGAUAAUCAACAUUGUCAUAUUAAUAUUGGUAGUUAUGGUUAUACAUUAAAUGAAUUAAAAUUUGUAUGGAAUAAUAAUAAACCAGUUGAAUUAGCUGAAAAAUUACAACUGUCAGAAUUUGAGACUCCGAAGGAAUUCAUUACAAAUGAUUGUUCAUCGGGAUAUUCAACAUCCACCGGACAAUAUACAUGUUUAAAUGCAACAUUUGAAUUACAAAGACAAUUAGGUAGUUAUUUAGCAACAACAUAUAUACCAAAUGUAUUAAUUAUUAUGGUAUCAUGGUUAAGUUUUUGGGUAAAUGUAGAUUCAGCACCAGCACGUGUACCAUUAGGUUUAUUAAGUUUACUUGGUAUAUUAACUCAAGCUAUAAGUGUAUCAUCUACAUUACCAAGAGUAUCAUAUAUUAAAGCAAUUGAUAUAUGGAUGAUAUUUUCUAUUAUAUUUGUUAUAGGUGUAUUAGUUGAAUAUGCUAUAGCAUUAACUAUAUUAAGACGUAAACAAUGUGAAACAUGGCAUGAAGAUGUUAAAGAAAUUGUUAGAGAUGAAUUAACACGUUGGUGUACUAUAUGUCAACAACAACAAUUAAUACAAUUACAAAAUUCACAUCAUUUAAAUAGGGGACAAUUAGAAUUUCGUGAAGAAUUAGAAUAUUUAUUAACAAAUCAAUUCAUUGAUAAUACAAAUACUACUAAUACUAAUACUAAUAAUACUACUUAUAAUCAAAAUAAAGAGAAAUUAAGACCUAAACGUCCACCUGGAUUAAUUGAAUCAGAAAUUGAUACAUAUAGUAGAUUUUUAUUUCCAGCAUGUUUUGUAUUAUAUAAUUGUUUUUAUUGGUGUUAUUUCUUAAUUAUUGUUAAUCAAAUUUGA